AUGGAAGUCUUGGUAUUAGAGAUUGAAGAUCCAGGUUGCUUUUGGGUUACUAUGAAAGGAUGUGGGCCUUACAUAGUUGAUGAAAUAGAAUAUGAAAACCUGAAUGCUGAAAUGAAUCAGUUCUAUGACAAAUCUUAUAAAGAUAUGGAUGAAGUAAAACCACUAACAGUAGAAGAAGGCCAGAUUUGUGUAGUUUUCAGUGAAGAACUGAAAUGCUGGUGUAGAGCAGUUAUUAAGUCAAUCAUGUACUGUACAGAUCAUUAUAAAACAGAAUGUUUUCUCGUGGAUUAUGCAAAAUAUAUUUUUGUUAAAUCAAAGGACAUUAGAGUUGCACUGGAAGCAUUUAUGCAGAUCCCAUAUAGAGCAAAAAAGUGUAGGCUGUAUCGCACAAAGCCAGUGACAUUGCGUAUCGACUUCUGUGAAGAUACUGCAAAAAUAGUACCAGCCAACAGGUGGGAUAGUGCUGCUACUCAUUAUUUUCAAAACCUUCUCAAAGCAACUACUCAAAUGAAAGCCAAGUUAUGUGCCGUGGAAGAUAACACGUUUGAUGUUUUUCUUUAUGUGACAAUAAAAGAUGAAAAGGUAUGUGUUAAUGACGAUCUUGUCUCAAAGAACUUUGCUCGUUUUGAGGAAGCUAAAGACAAUACAGGGAGUUCUGCAGAUUAUCAGGAGAACCAAACGUCAUUAAAUCUUGAGUCUCUUCCAGUGAAAAUUGUUAAUUCUGCGCUUGCUUUCAGGCCAGUGCCAUUUCAGGAGAAGGUCUUAACAAAUCUUGAAACAGAUCUUGCUGUUUCCAGACUCUUUCCUGAAGACACACACCAAAGGUCAAGCACAGAUCUAAACGAAAGUACUGCACCUCAAUUUUUAAAUUCUGAUCCUCUGAAGACACACAUAAUUGAAGAUGAGCAACAGAGUUUUCAAAAUCUUAGUGAAGAAAGGAACUUUGUCUUUCUUAGCAACAAAAUUGAGCCGUCAUCAGUUCUGGAAACAGCACCACUUUCUGAUGAACUGAAAAAGGAACUUACUCGGAAAAAAUUUUUAGGCCCUAACUUCACAGAAUCUUAUUGUUGGCCGCCAGUAGCUCGAGGAUGUGAUGUAGUUGCCAUCUCGCAUCAAGGAAAUAAUCCUUUUUUAUAUAUUCCACCAGUUCUUACAUUUUUGCAGUUGGGAAGUUGCUACAAAGCCUUGCCAAACAAGAAUGGACCACUAGCACUUAUUUUAUGUCCUGGAUGGAAGAAGGCACAACUUGUUUUUGAGCUACUGAAAACAUAUGAGAGAUGCUCCAGACACCUUCAUCCAAUGUUGAUAAUACUUGGGCAGAACAAAGAAGCAGCUAAAAGUGUGAAAAUCCAAGGAUGUGAAGUAAUCGUGACUACACCGUACAGCCUCCUGAGACUGCUUGAACAUAACAGUUUAUUAUUUUGUAGACUUUGCCAUCUUGUUCUUGAUGAGAUUGAGGUACUGGUCUCUGACGCUACUGAACAGGUUUUUACUAUAUUAGAAUGUUACAAGAAAGCCAUUAUUGAAAAGUGGGAGUAUUCACCGCAUCAGAUUAUUGCUGUUGGAACUCGUUGGAAUAAACAUAUAGCACACUUGAUAAAGGAGUUCAUGAAUGAGCCUUAUAUUGUGAUAACAGCUAUGGAAGAAGCUUCCAUCUAUGGAAAUGUGCAACAG